AUGUGCCAGGGAGGUCAAGAACAGCCUCAACCUGUUCACUCUUGCGACAUGGUUUAUCUGAAGAUUGUCGUUAUAUUUUUUAUUGUGAAUCUUUGUAAUAAUUAUGCUAUAAAAUGCGACAUUUAUUUCCCGCUAUUUAUUAUAUUCAAAUCGGGUUCUUUAUUGGCAAAUAUUAUAUUUGGUUUCGUGUUACGAAACCAUUACUAUACCCGAAAGCAGAUAUCAUCUGUGAUAGCUGUCACCUGUGGUAUUGUGAUAUUCACCUUGGCCAGUUAUGAUCCGACGACAAAUCCGAAAACAACAGGACCUGCCUGGUUUUUCUCGAUCCAGCCGUUUUUCAUUGGAGUAUUUCUUCUCACAGCAGCACUGAUGCUCAGUGCAUAUCUGGGCGUUUGCCAAGAAGAUAUGUACAGGACUUAUGGGAAACAUGCUAAGGAAUCCAUGUUCAUGGUGCAUUUUCUGUCAAUUCCUGGAUACGCACUGCUGGGAGACGAAAUCAUUGAAGCAUUCUAUGCUGCGAAUCGUACACCUUCGAUGAACAUUCUUGGCUACGAUUUGUUAUUGCCUACAGCAUGGGGUUACAUUUUAGGGAUCUGUGUACUACAGUAA